GAGACAAAUCAGAGAACCUCGGAAACCAUGGAGGAGAUGACAUCCCUAUUAUUCCAGCGUGGUUUUAAAUUAGUUAGAGAACUUGAAUCAAACCUACCAAACCUGGCCGACCAGCCCAACAUGCUCUCAAAGUCCUGCGAUGAGAUCGUGAAUGCUUUCAGAAACGCAAAGGAAGGGCUACACCUACACAUGAUGUUCCGCCAACCACAGGAAUCUCAGCAGCAGCAGCCUCAGACAGAAACAAGUUUAGAGGGAUGGCGAAGGUCUAGUAAUUGCACACACCCAAUUAUGGAGAUAUUACAGAUGCAACUUCAAGCUGAUAGGACCCCGCCCUUCAGUAGGUCCGAUGUUCUUUUUGCCGGAGAGGGUGGAAGAGAGGCGGAAGGUUCUGCUCGCUCCAAGAGCAUAGGAGGAGGAGAGCUUCACCCAAUGGACGUAUCAGAUUCUGGCGUUGUUUCAUCCUCGCAAAGACAGCGAAGAAGGAAGGAUGAUGGGGAGAGACGGACAAUAACUGUGGCUGCACCUCGGAUUGGAAAUACUGAUAUUCCGCCUGAGGACGGCUACACGUGGAGAAAAUACGGCCAGAAGGAGAUUCUCGGCUCAAAAUUCCCAAGGGGUUACUAUAGGUGCACCCACCAAAGGUUAUACCAUUGCCCGGCCAAGAAGCAAGUCCAGAGGCUCGAUGAUGACCCCUACACGUUUGAAGUGACAUAUCGAGGCGAGCACACAUGCCACAUGUCAUCCACGGCGCCAUCAAUUCCACCGCCGGCAGCAGCAGCUGACAUUACCCACGAGAUGACCCAAAUCAUAACUACCCAGCCUCCACCGUCUUCUUCAAUUCCUGUAAGCAGUUGGCUCUCAAUGGAGUACUUGGGCAUGAGAGGAGGAGGGAGCAGCGGCGGUGCCAGCGGCAGCGGCAGUGGCAUUGUUCUUGGCGGUGGUGGUGCGGGUCCAUCCGCCACACGAACUGGCAAAGAUGUUGAACUCCCGGUUGCUGAUAUGGCUGAUGUAAUGUUCAACUCUGGCAGCAGCAGUAGCAAUAUUAGCAUGGAUUUUCUCUUCCAUUCCAACGAUGACAAAUGGGAGACAGGUGACAAACAAAUUUGAAUCGCUAAUUGGACUGGUCAGUAUAGGCAUAUCAAAAUUUUGGAAGCGUACUUGAGAGGCAAAAGGCUGCGGCAACUUGUUGUUAGGAGGUCAAUCUUAAUUGGAUUUUUCAGCGAUGUAAUUACGCACUUUAUUUUUGUACUUACUAAUUGGCCAAUUUGAUGUGGCCUGUACUUUUAUUUCUA